AUGGUGAAUGUUUUCAAUGUACAAAUCUUUUUCAUUGUUUUCAGAGAAUGUUUAGAAGCAGUUGUUGUUGUUUCUGUUUUACUAGCAUUCUUAAAGCAAGGUAUUGGUAAAGCUACUGAUGACCCCAAAGUUUAUAAAAAAUUACGAAAUCAAGUUUGGUAUGGUGCGGCGCUAGGUGUCAUUAUUUGUCUUAUUAUUGGUGUCAUCUUCAUUGCAUUGUUUUAUACCUUGGGUAAUGAUAUUUGGUCCUCAUCGGAAGAUUUAUGGGAAGGCAUUUUUUGUAUUAUUGCCACUGUUUUAAUUUCAUUGAUGGGUAUUGCUAUGUUGCGUAUCAAUAAGAUGAAGGAGAAAUGGAGAGUCAAGUUGGCCCAAGCUUUGACUAAAGUACCUGAUAAGAAGAAGGAUAGAUUCAAGAUUGGUUACUUAACUAAGAAAUAUUGUAUGUUUAUCUUGCCAUGCAUCACAUGUCUUAGAGAAGGUUUGGAGGCUAUUGUUUUCGUUGGUGGUGUUGGAUUAAACUCACCAGCUACGGCAUUCCCCAUUCCAGUCAUUUGUGGUUUGAUUGCUGGUAUUGCUGUUGGUACACUUUUGUACUACUCUGGAUCAUCAGUUUCGUUGCAAGUGUUUUUGAUUAUUUCAACCGGUAUUUUGUACUUGAUCGCAGCUGGUUUGUUCUCAAGAGGUGUUUGGUACUUUGAAUCACACGUCUUUAACAACCAAACUGGUGGUGAUGCUUCAGAAAAUGGUUCUGGCCCUGGUACUUAUGAUAUUGCCAAGUCUGUCUGGCAUGUUAACUGUUGUAACCCAGAAAUUGACAAUGGUUGGGAUGUUUUCAAUGCACUUUUAGGAUGGCAAAACUCUGCCACUUAUGGUUCAGUCAUUUCUUACAAUAUGUAUUGGCUUGCUGUUAUUGCCACUUUGUUGUUGAUGCUUUAUGAAGAAAAAUACGGACACUUGCCAUUCUUGAAGGGAGUUACUUUGCGCUCAUUGAAUCCAAUGUACCAUAUCAAGAACAAAAAGAAGCACGAAUUGACAGCAGAAGAGAAGGAGAAAUUGUUCAAUGAUUUGAGAAACGCUAGAUUGGGAGCAGAUGAUGAGGAAGAAGAGGAAGCAAAUGCCGGUGCUAGUACUGGAGACUCUGAUGAUGUUGACGAAGUCAAGAAUGAAACUGUUAGAGUAAGUGGAGAAAAAGGAGAGCACAAAGUUAGUGAAGCCAUUUAG